AAAGACGCCCCGCCGGCGACUCGAAGGUUAAUAAAAACCAGAACAAUGUCUACGGGUGCAUCAAACAGCUGGGUCCGUUAAAGCAGAAGAACAGACACGUCAAAGUCUUUUUGUCAAUCGGAGGAUAUACGAACCCACAUAAUUAGGCUGGCAUUCUUAGUGUUACAGAACACCGGACGAUGUUCGCUCAGUCGGCUGUCAAAUUGAUGCAUAAUGUAGGGUUUGGCGAGUUAGAUAUCGAUUGGGGGGUUAUAUUUUCUCUUCCCUUUCAUUGUCUUCCUUUUACGCCGGCUGAUAGCAUACAGUAUCCUAAGAAAGAAGUGAGUGCAAAGGAUAUGGUAGCCCUCUUAAAGGAAGUACGAGGGGUAUGUACUACACUUACCCACAGGCAUAGACAAACGCCGAUCUAUGCCCUCUUUUAUUUUUUAGAGUCUACAAAAAUGAAUAAUCAGGGAUUAGUCAAAUCAGGUUCGAAUGGCAAGCAUUUUCCCUUGACUAUUACCUGCACGGCUGGCGAGGCGAAGUACAAACAUCUUCUCAUUGGUGAAAUGGGCCAAUACAUUGAUCUCUGCCAGCUAAUGGCAUACAAUUUCAGCGGUGAAUGGGAAAAGGUAGCCGAUCACACUGCUGUUCUCUUUCGCAACGCCUCCGAUCCGAAUACCACCCCCGCUAUUGCAGACAAAGGCUGUCAAGUUCUACACCAGCAAGGGUGUACCAGCCAGCGAGAUUGCCCUUGGUAUGCCGCUUUAUGGCGGUUCCUUUGUCAACACUACGGGGCUAGGUCAUCCUUCUUUAAAUGUUGGAACAGGCAUGGGUGAAGAGGGGAUUUGGCACUAUAAGGUUCUACCACUGGCUAACACAACAGUGAUAGAGCAACCCGAGGUAGGGGCCAGUAUAACAAUAAUCAAGGCGGAGAACAUCAAGAGCAAUAGCCUUGCAAGUGAGAUAUAGUGGGAGACCAGUAUGGAGAAAGUUGGAGAUUAGAGACUUAUGGGCACGCUCAUUGAAAAGCUCAGUGGCCAGGACGCCCGAGAAAGGCCCGACAACCAUAUCGAGUAUCC